CCCGUGGCCUUCUCUGGGGUCGUCUUCGGGCAUCAUCAUCACAGUCAUACCUCGUCCAGCAGCGGGGGCAGCCAUAACAGCCUGGUAGCAGGUCACAGCCAUAGCCUCCACGCACCGCAGUCCCAGACGCCGCUGCCGCCGAUUCACGUAUCGUCGUCGGGCACUGUAACGCCCGCCACGGCCGUAGUCCAUCCACACACACAUACGCACGCACACUCCGGCAGCCAUCAUCAUCAGCUGGCGCACGUGGCUCAACAGUAUCCCGCUCUCCUCCAUCAAACGCCUCACGGCUUGGCCGCCUGAACGCACUGAACGCC